AUGGAACCUCGUCCUUAUAUAGACAAGGCUUUCUCUUUGGUGAUUCAAGAAGAGAGGCAAAGAUCCUUAGGUUUCAAUCUGGGCUCAUCAGUUGAAACAACUGCUCUUGCUGUUAAAAAUCAAAGCUUUACUCAUGGCUCUGGUUUUGCAAGCAAUUCUAGCAAGAACUUCAAAGGCAAUGCUGGGAAAGGAAGGCCUAUGUGCAGUUAUUGUGGCAAACUUGGUCACAUCAAGGAAAAGUGUUACAAACUGGUUGGUUUUCCACCAAGUUAUAAGCAGAAAGGCAAGACUCCAAUGGCCAAUCAGAUUAGUCUUGAGGGUGAUCAAUCUCAGACUGGAGAAGCACAGCUAAGUAGUGGAAAUUUUCCAUUUACUUUUGACCAAUGCCAACAGUUGAUUUCUUUGCUCAACACUUAUGCCUUCUCAUAUGAUUCAUGUGAAGGUGUUCACUCAACCAAUUCUGCUAUCACUCCUAUUGCUACUUCAAGUAAUACUUGUCAUUUGUUUCAAGAUUGUAUAUCUUUAAACGUGCAACAUUCUGUAUUUGCUGUCAAUCCUGUGCACAAAACAGCUUUCAAUGGUGAGACUUGGGUUCUUGAUACUGGUGCUACAGAUCACAUAAUUCAUUCUGUCACUUUAUUCACCAAAAUCAUUGGUUCCAUAUCCACCUUUGUUCAAUUGCCUAAUGGUGAGAAAGUUAUUGUCACUCACAUAGGAACAAUUCAAAUCACAUCUACCUUAAUUCUUGAGAAUGACCUGUCAUGUUGGAAAACAAUUGGAGUGGGUAAAUUGCACAACAAUCUUUACUUGCCGCAAGUUUCACCAGAUUGCACAUCCAUAUCAGGAGCUUCUUCCAUUUUGCAGCUGUCUUCUCCUAUUUUGAACAAUAAGUCUCCUUUUGAGAAAUUAUAUGGCAAACUCCAUUCUUAUGAGCAUCUCAAGGUCUUUGGGUGUCUUUGUUUUGCUUCAACUUUAGUUCAUCAUAGGUCUAAGUUUGAUCCUAAAUCUGUCCCUUGUGUUUUUCUUGGAAUCCCCUUUGGUGUUAAAGGUUACAAGCUUCUUAACUUGUUUGCUAAAAGGAUUUUUGUUUCAAAGGAUGUAACCUUUCAUGAAACAAUUUUUCCUUUUGUGUCAAAUCCUUAUUCUUCUUCCCAUUCCAACAUUCCUUUACCUCAUUUGUUUCCUUCAGUGGCUUCCCCUCAUGAUCCUUUGCUUUCUUUUCCAUCUUAUGUUCUUAUCAUAGAUUCUAUUCCUGCACAGGUUCAGGUCAGUCCAUCUACAUCUAAAUCUAUUUCUAAUACUCCUAUUCCUGAUCCUAUUUCUUCCUCGCUUCCUAUCCUAGACCAGUCACCAACUGAGGUUGUUUCUAUACCUACUCCACCUAUUCUUGCUGAUAUUGCUCCACACUUAGAUAUUGUUCCUCCAUCUCCAUCUUUAAGAAGGUCACAAAGGGUUUCUAAGCCUCCUGCCUAUCUGCAAUCCUACAAAUGCAACUCAGUUCAAUGUGAUCAAUCUUCUCACUCCACUUCUUCCAUCAAGUCAGGUUCCUUAUCUCCUUUUUCAGGUAUCAAAUACCCUUUAUCUUCUUAUCUCUCUACUUCUAAAUUGUCACCAUUUUAUGCCAAUUUUUGUUCCCUCAUUACUAACAUUCCUAAACCCAAGUCAUACUUUGAGGUUGUCCAAAAUCCUAAGUGGUAG